AAGGGCGGCGGGCGAGCGGGCGGGCGGCCGGCGCGGCGACCGAGGCUCCCGCUGCUGUGCUCGGCCCGCCGGGCCCCUCGCCGCCCGCUCCAGAUGAAGUGCGAGCACUGCACGCGGAAGGAAUGUAGUAAGAAAACAAAGACCGAUGACCCAGAGGAUGCGUCCAAGGAUCUCCCCAGCCCGGCCCAGGAGAAUGGAGAGAAGGGAGAGUUCCACAAGCUGGCCGAUGCCAAGAUACUCCUGAGUGACUGCCUGGCAUGUGACAGCUGCGUGACGGCCGAAGAGGGCGCCCGAGUCUCCCAGCAGAACACCCAGAACUUCUUCCACGUUCUUAACCUUAAUAAGAAAUGCGACACCUCAAAGCACAAGGUGCUGGCGGCGUCCGUGUGUCCCCAGUCCCUGCCUUACUUUGCUGCUAAAUUCAGCCUCAGCGUGACCGAUGCUUCUCGGAGACUCUGCGGCUUCCUCAAAAGUCUAGGGGUGCACUAUGUGUUCGAUACAACGAUCGCUGCGGAUUUCAGCAUCCUGGAGAGUCAGAAGGAAUUUGUGCGCCGGUUCCGCCAGCACAGCGAGACAGAGGCAGCGCUACCCAUGCUGACCUCUGCCUGCCCCGGCUGGGUCCGAUACGCUGAGCGAGUGCUGGGGGACCCCAUCAUCCCCCACCUCUGCACCGCCAAGUCCCCCCAGCAGAUCAUGGGCUCUCUGGUGAAAGAUUUCUUUGCCAGGCGCCAGAACCUACCCCCGGACAAGCUCUUCCACGUGGUCGUGGCGCCAUGCUAUGAUCGGAAAUUUGAGGCCCUUGGGGAAGACUUCCAGGACGUAGACUGUGUGCUGACCUCAGGAGAAAUCCUUCAGAUGAUGGAGCAGAGGGACCUGGCGGUGAAGGACACGGCUAUGGACACGCUGUUUGGAGACCUGGAAGAGGACCUGUGGCGGCACGACGGGGCCCGUUCAGACGGUUACCUUGCGCACAUCUUCAGACAUGCGGCCAAGGAGCUGUUCCAGGAGGACGUGGGCGAGGUCACCUAUCGCACCCUGAGGAACAGAGACCUGCAGGAAGUCACCCUGGAGAGGGACGGCCGCGUCCUCCUGCGCUUCGCGGCUGCCUACGGCUUCCGAAACAUCCAGAACGUGGUCUUGAAGCUGAAGCGGGGCAAAGCCCCUUACCACCUGGUGGAGGUCUUGGCCUGUCCUGGGGGCUGCCUGAAUGGCCGCGGCCAGGCCCACCCGGAGGACAGAACCCUGCUGGGCCAGAUGGAGGCCCUAUACGCUGCCGUCCCCGUGCGGAGCCCCGAGAGCAGCGCCCACGUGCAGGAGCUGUACCGGGAAUGGCUGGAUGGCGCCGACUCCCCACGAGCUCAAGAGGCUUUGCACACAGCACAUCAGGGCCCUGGGCAGCCUGUCAGUGGCCGGGACAUCAAGUGGUGAGGGAGCAGAAGAGACAGCUGGCAAGGUUGGCAGCACAACCAGAGGGAUGAGGAUGUCUGCGCCCUUCUCGGACAGGUCACCUAGACCUUAUCGUCCACGUCGGUCACAAGCACUCUGCUUUGUGAAUUGCUGGGAGGGGAACAAUUCCCAGGGACGCCUGCAGACGAGUGCACACAGCCCUGAGAAAUGGGACUCCACAGCACUGGGUAUCUG